AAAUAAAUCAGAUUUGGUGGUUCUUGGCCGUGAGAAACCAAUGAACAAUCUGGUGAUCCAUUUUCUAAAUAGUUUUUCUCCUGUGAGAAUUUUUCUUUUCUUUUAAAAAACCUAGAAAAACAGAAAGGGGUUUUCGAAAAAAGAGAGAAAGGUAAAUUGUGUUAGAAAUAGACAUAUGGGACGUUUUACAUAACCAACACUCAAAAACAGAGUUUACAUGUUGAUAGUGGCUGUAGGAGGGCGAGAGUGUGAGGGAUAAAAAAAUAAAUAAAUGAAUAUAACAAAAAACAACUGCUUAUUCAAUUAAUAUUAUCAGCGAAUAGUGACAUAAAAAAAGUACAUUAUGAGAAUACAGACAAUAUGAAUAUUACAAAAUACAUUGUUAUUGUUGUAUUUGUAAUUGAAGAACAGGUGAGAAAAAAGUUUUGCCUGAAAGAGUUUGUUGUUGUAAUACUCAUUUCAGCCACAAGAGGCUGAAGUGCACCGCUACCACAUGGUCUAAAUCAGCAUAAAAGCAUUCACGUUUUCUUCCAGAUGGGUUUUACAGUUUUUCUCGAUUGUUUACACACAUUUUCUGAAAGCAUGCCUCAUACUCUCAGAACUCUACACACAAAUCAGAAAACACACACACACACACACACACACACACACACAAUGGGCAAAAACCAUUCUCAAAAUGGUAUUUUGUUUUCAAAUGACACACACAAACCAUCAUAUGAAUAGACAUUUAUAAGAACCAGUUGAACACUGAUGUGCUCAAUGUAAAACACUAUGAUGAAUGGAAAACACUUCUUCUCCAUUCAUCAUAAUGACUUGAAUACAUGGUAACAAAUAUAUUUAAUUUUUCCCACAAAAACAAUGUGCACAGUGUACAUCCCAACCAACACAAAGUUGCACAUACAGUGGUCUACAUACAAAACAACAGAAGAAUUUACUGUAUACAGUUACAGUAAAAAAUCCUCUCUUCUGUUUGGGUCUGGCCACAGCACCUCAUCCACAUCACAAGCAGUGUUUUCCCUGGCCAAGCAGCGGGGGAAAUAUCGCCUAGCAUGGCGAAUCCAGCCAUGAAAAGCAUCAACUGCUAUAUCUAACCCUAACCUGUUGCCCUUUAUGCUAAAGCUCUGAUUGCUAAUUGUAAAACUGUGUGACAGGUGUUUGCCCAUGUGAUGAGUCAGUGUGCAUAGUAGGGCAAUUAACUUUAGAAUUUUGAAUGACAGUGUGUUCCUUGUGAAAACAAGAUAUUUUCUUCUUGAAAAUUGUGCCAAAUGCAGAGAAUUGUGUGUAGUGUUUUGAAAGAAGUGUGUUUUAGAACUGCAAUUUGAGUGUAAAGCAGGAAUUGUGCUUGUAGUUUAGCAGAAUUGGUUCAGGGGGGUCGGUGCAUGAGUUACAUGUUGUGGUCAUUGCGUCUCAAGUACCAGUAAUUGUGUGUAAACAAUUGAGAAACUGUAAUUACUCAAUGCAUUCUAAGCGCAAGACUCAUGUACAGUAUAACUAAUGCUAACGGCAGAUUAGCGCCAAUUAAAAUGCAUUUCUAACCAAAAUAUAUAGACAGUGAUGUUACAUAACUUGCUAACACACACUAUCACAAUAUAUGUACCUUGUGUUUAGAGUGUAUUUAGAAAUUAGAACUCACCUGUAAGAAAAUACCUGUUUUACCUUUUACCUCUUUGGGGAAAAAAAUGAAAGAACUUAGUAAAAAAGCAAAACCCUUUUCCCAACGAAACAGUUUAGAUCAGACCAAGAAAAUGGAUCACCAGAAUUUUUUCUUUUCACAAUUUCCUCUCAGGGCCUCUGUAGGUUAGGGCUGACUUUUUCUUUCUUACUUUUCUUUGUCUGUACUGCAAUGUUUCACACUGCCAAGUACAGAGCUGAGACAAUGAAUGGAUUUAUAGAUCGAUGGACAAACAAUUAAAUGUCAGCUAUGUUAGUAAUUGAUCAGUCAGUUAAUCCAUUUAUCAAACACAAUGCCAGACAUUCUUUGAUUCCAGCAAGAUUUUUCUCUGUUAUUACUGUAAACUCACUUGUAUCUUUGAGUUUUGGACUGUUGAUUGGAUAACAAGAACAUCAAACGAUUAAUCGAAUGUUAUUAUUAUAUUAUUCCACAGAAUAACUGAUAAUGGAAAUAAGUUGGAUCUGGAAUCAAAUGCUUGGAGAAUUGCAACAUGUGAUGACCAAAAAUCACACAAGCUCACUGUUUGACGGCAACCAGGCUAUUGGCAGGGCUAAGAGGAUUGAUUUCAGAUGUACUGCUCACUGUAUAAAUAACCAGUUGGAUUGCAUAGUGUUUGUCAACCGGAGCUUGGCCAUGGAGAAGAUCAAGUGCUUUGGGUUUGAUAUGGAUUACACUUUGGCAGUGUAUAAAUCUCCUGAGUACGAGUCGCUGGGCUUCGACUUGACGGUGGAGCGCCUGGUGUCCAUUGGAUAUCCUCAAGAGCUGCUCAACUUUGUCUACGACCCCUCCUUCCCCACCAGAGGUCUGGUGUUUGACACAAUGUAUGGCAACUUGCUCAAAGUGGAUGCCUACGGGAACAUCCUGGUGUGUGUGCACGGAUUCAACUUCUUGAGGGGGCCUGACAUCAGAGAGAUGUACCCCAACAAAUUUAUUCAACGUGGAGACACAGACCGCUUCUACAUCCUCAACACACUCUUUAACCUGCCUGAAACCUACCUCUUUGCCUGCCUGGUUGAUUUCUUCAGUAACUGCUCCAGAUACACAAGUUGUGAGAAUGGCUUCAAAGACGGCGACCUUUUCAUGUCCUACAAGAGCAUGUUCCAGGACGUCCGAGACGGCGUGGACUGGGUUCAUUUCAAGGGCUCCUUAAAAGAAAAGACGGUUGAAAACCUAGAGAAGUAUGUGGUAAAGGAUCCGAAGCUUCCUCUUCUCCUCAGUCGCAUGAAUGAAGUAGCCAAAGUAUUUCUGGCCACCAACAGUGAUUACAAAUACACAGAGAAAAUAAUGACCUACCUGUUUGACUUUCCUCACGGCCCAAAGCCGGGCACACCUCACCGGCCCUGGCAGUCCUACUUUGACCUGAUCCUGGUGGACGCCCGCAAACCUGUGUUCUUUGGAGAGGGAACUGUGCUGCGGCAGGUGGACAUUACCACAGGUCGGCUGAAGAUCGGUACCUACACCGGACCUCUGCAGCAUGGCAUUGUUUACUCUGGAGGUUCUUCAGACAUCGUGUGUGACCUGCUGGGUACUAAAGGAAAGGACAUCAUCUACAUCGGAGACCACAUUUUCGGCGACAUUCUCAAAUCCAAGAAGCGUCAGGGCUGGAGGACUUUCCUGGUCAUACCUGAGCUGGCUCAGGAGCUGCAUGUGUGGACUGAUAAGAGCUCCAUAUUUGAGGAACUUCAGUCUCUGGACUGCUUCCUCGCAGAGCUUUACAAGCAUCUGGACAGCAGCAGCAAUGAGAGGCCAGACAUCAGCUCACUGCAGAGACGGAUUAAGAAAGUGACCCACGACAUGGACAUGUGCUACGGCAUGAUGGGAAGCCUGUUCCGCAGUGGAUCCCGACAGACGCUGUUUGCCUCCCAAGUGAUGCGUUACGCCGACCUGUACGCCGCCUCCUUCAUCAACCUGCUCUACUACCCCUUCAGCUAUCUGUUCAGAGCGGCACAUGUGCUGAUGCCCCACGAGUCAACGGUGGAGCACACCCACGUCCGCAUCAUCGACACGGAGUCACCGCUGGCCACGAGGAACCGCCACGACCUCGACCUCAAAGAGAUGGAGUGCAAACGACAUCAGCUGACCCGGUCCAUCAGCGAGAUCCAGCCCCCCCACUUCUUCCCCCAGCCUCCGCAGGAGAUCACCCACUGCCAUGACGAGGAUGAUGACGAGGAGGAGGAGGAGGAGGAGGAGGAGGAGGAGGAGGAGUAGAUGGAGUCUGCAGAUGCUCUCACAUCCAGUACAUCCUGUUUUCAUGUUUUAAGAUGAGCUUUUCUUUGAUGACUGUAGGCCUGUGGCAGCAGAGCCUGGUCGUCAGAUCCUCCUUCGGACCCGGUCUUCAUAUGAACUACUGAACAUGGGAUGGUGAGACUGAAAAUGAUGAGGAAGUGAAAGAGCAGAAGUGUCUCAGUCAGAUAGAGCGCCUGGUGGGUGUCAGACCCUGGUGGCUCUGUGGGUCUGUCUGAGGAGGAGUUAUCUGCUUUAGUAUGGGGAUCAUUCAGCUCAUCAGUCCAGUAUGCAUUCAUUCAUUUGUACUGUAAACAGUUCUCUGGCAUGCUGCUGACUCCUAGACCUCUUACUUUAACACCUUAACCUAGCUUAACCCUCUUAAAGGAACAGUCCACCCUGAAUCAGCUGAGACAGCCACAUUAGUCACAUCCUUUUCGGGACCAUAUUGUUUUUUUGCGGUGUCAUUGUUUUCCACUUCCGAAGAAUAAUGGCCAGAUUUAAAGAUGUGAUUUAUGUCAGACAUCCAUGCUGGAUCGUUUCGUGUCAUCAUUCACUCGCCUUGCAUCAAGCUUUUAUCCAUUCUUUGGGUUUUGUGAAUGGAAUUCUGGGAAAUGUAGGAAGUAAACAGCCCAUCUGAUAAGAGGAUGGAUUUUCACUUAAAGAAAAUUGAACUGUAGUUUGUGUAUUAAACACAGCUGCUGAAACUAGACAACUCCACUCCAGAAGAAUCAUUUCUGGUCAGCAGAGAGUUUGUAGUGGCUGUUGUGGAGAGGUCCAGUGCCACAGCUCAUGAUACCAGCUUAGAGAAACUCACUGUGCUGUACCCUACGACCAUAUUUUCCAUAUCCCACAGAAUCAUAACGACUGGGUUAAGGUUAUCACCCAGAAGUCCUCACUGUUACACAAUCUGGCUUCAUUAUGUGUUUUUAAAAUGACUUCAAACAUAAGUUUAUUACAGCCAGCACAGAGUUCACAGAGGACUCUGAAACUGUUACUGCCUUAUUCAUCUCACUCUGAGCUGCUACUGUGAGUGUGACUGAGAAUUAUUGUUAGAGAUAUAUUUUGAACAUGAAUGUUGGAUUGUUUUCAUCUGAAGAAUGACAGGGGAAACCCAUUACUGCCAGGAAAACAAAUGAUUAGUUAAGAUUGGUCAUGUUAAACAAUACUAAGGUCGGUUGAAAUUAGGGAUGAGUGUGUACGCAGAUGUGAUGAUUAUCCGGUACAGAUGAUGUACUUUUUACGAUAGUAUCCACACUUGUAAAUGAAAAAAAAAAAACCUUCUGUAAAUAGUUCUGUUACUCUUGUGAUCAAAAACUUUGCUCUGAAGUGCAUUUCUGAGGCCGUUCUGUAAAUAGUUUUAUAACUAAUAUAGCAACUUCUGAUCAAUUUCAGCCUUACAUUAACAACUUCUGGUUAGUCCCGCCCUUACCUGGUUUAAGCCCCACCCACUCCAAAUACAGAUAUCAAUACAGAUAAUUCAGUUGCUUGAAAUAUACAGAUACAGAUAAUGGUGUACUCACUCAUCCCGAGUUAAAGUUAUAAGAUACCAAGUCAGUGUUUUUAAAGUCAACAUUAUGAGACAUUGUUUGACUUCAGUCUGACUGAUGUGUCACACUUUCAGAUAGAUGGUGAAUCUGAAGUUUUACUAUGAUGAUUUUGACAUGUUUGACUAUCAUAAGUUUCAAUUGGAAACUUAAUCUUAGUAUUAAUCUCUUAAUUUACACGUAUUUUGACUUAUAACGUCAUCAUUUAGAAUUUUCAGGAUAUUUUCUUUGUUUGUCUAAAUUUAGUGACUGUUAGAAUUUAACCCAAGUCAAACUUAUUACUUAUUACGUUUGAAUUAAAAAGUGAAUAUUUGGACAUGAUGAUGACAAUGAUUAUUAGUAUUUUUGUGAUUCCUGGCAGUAUUGGUCUUCCAUAGAGCGGUGAACCUGCUGCUGUUCUCUGGCUAUAGUCUGGUCUGGACUGUCACCGGUGCUGUCUGUCUGCUGUAAACACGCUGUUACUGUAAUGUGAGAGGUGCACUGUGGGCCUGCCUCCUAAUGCAAUAGAUACUGUCAACAUGAUGAGAUGCAAUAGUGUGUUUCUGUAUAUUUUAGUGCUAAUGAUUUACUUUGAUUUGUAUCACGUGUUUAUGUUACUGCCUUGAUCUUAAAGGACCUGUGUGCUAGGAAAAGUGUGAUCUGCUGAAGUGAUCACAAAGUAUUGAUCAACAGAAUCCAGCCUUCUUUCACUGAACGUGUGAUUGGUUUUUCAGCCGCAGACGUUACUGAGGAAAUGUGCUGAACCUGUCUCGGUCUGUUUGGGCACACUGUGGUUUAUAUGUCCUGCUGUCAGUGAGGUGUGCGCUCAAACAGGCGCAUGAUCGUUUGACCUUUUCAGCCCUGUUGCACCUUGGGAUGUUUAUCUUGUUAUUUAAGUAUAGGAGCAAUAGCAGAUUGUGUAGACUGGAACACAAAGGUUAAAGAGUGGGCCAUGUUUCAGUGUGGACGCCCCCAAAGCAAGGAAAGUCAUUUCAGUUUCUCCCAGUUUGAAUUUCCAGUCGUUUCGGACCUGUGGAGCAUGUUUAUUGACCCUGUCAGCUUACAGCCAGCUUAAACUACAAUCAGACAUACUGUAAAAUGAACCGAAAGAAUGUUUUUUAUUUUUACCACCAAUAGUUGAUGCAUGUGUUGAAGUUGCAUUUUCUGCUGUUUUAUUUGAAAUGUUGCCUUUGUUUGAAUGUUGGAAAGUUGUAAGCUGCUUUGAGCCAUGGCUGGUGUUUGUAAUAAAAAUUCUGAUCUGA